UCGUCUUAGAUAUAAACAGUUGUUUCCCACAGCUUCCGAAAUUAAAGCUCCUUACUUUUCCCCACAAACAAAACCAAAUUUAAAAAAAUUAAAAAAAAAAAAUCCACCUUGAAAUUCACCAGGACCAGAGACGCCGUCGUUUUCAACGCCGGCGCCUCGGCCGCUUGCCUCAACAUUAUAGAAAACAGCUAAACCAUGAAGCGAGGCUUCAGCUUUUCGUUGCCUGUAACCGUUGUCGUUUCGGCCAUCGUUUUUAUUUAUUUUUGUACGGUAUUUAUUUUCAUUGACCGCUGGUUUGGUCUUAUGACCUCUCCUGGUAUUAUGAACGCCGUCGUUUUCACCGGUGUUGCCUUCAUGUGUGUGUUUAAUUACGGCUUUGCCAUCUUCACGGAUCCGGGUCGGGUCCCGUCUACUUUCAUGCCGGACAUCGAAGAUUCCAAAGUUCCUAUCCAUGAGAUCAAACGCAAGGGAGGGGACUUGAGAUACUGCCAAAAGUGUUCUCAUUUUAAACCUGCUCGCGCACAUCAUUGUCGUGUGUGCAAGAGAUGCGUUCUGAGAAUGGAUCACCAUUGCAUUUGGAUAAAUAAUUGUGUCGGCCAUGCCAACUACAAGAUCUUCUUCAUCUUCGUUGUAUAUGCUGUAAUUGCUUGCAUCUAUUCUCUGGUUUUACUUGUGGGUAGCCUAACUAAUGAUUCCCAAAAUGAUGAGCAGCAAAGUGCAGACUCUUUCAGAACCGCAUAUGUUAUUUCUGGACUGUUGCUAGUCCCCUUGAGUGUGGCUUUAAGUGUUCUCUUGGGUUGGCACAUCUACCUCAUUUUGCAAAAUAAGACCACAAUUGAGUAUCAUGAAGGGGUGAGAGCUAUGUGGCUUGCAGAGAAAGGAGGGAAUGUCUAUAAUCAUCCAUAUGAUCUUGGUGCCUAUGAAAAUCUAACAAUGGUAUUGGGUCCUAGUAUCUUCUGCUGGCUAUGCCCCAUAUCAAGACACAUAGGUAAUGGUCUCCGCUUUCUAACAGCCUAUGAUGGCAUAUCUGCUGCAUCAACAUCAAAAUGAAGUUUAAAUUACUUUUGACUUUGCAUUGGCAAUAACAAGAGCUUUUGACGCUUGAGUGAUUGAUGAAUGCUUAUCUCGUGAUCACAUCUGGUUGUCCGUUUUCCUAGCGCAUCUGUGGUAGUCCAGGAAAGUGACCAUUAUACUUUCUGUCAACAACUGUGAGUCAGAGAGCUUUUGAAGCUGUUGCUGCAAGUGAUAAUGGAUGAGGAUUUGAAAAGGCCCCAUGUCAAUAACCAGGCAAAGCAGUCUGAAAAGCAAUUAGAAAUAGGAUUGGUGGGAUUUUACUCUUCUUUUUUUCUCUUGCCCUUUCUUGAUCUUCUGGUUGUAGGGGGUUUACCGAUAGGUUUUGUACUUUUGACACCUUUUCCAUAAAGAGGCCUUCAAUGUAGAAGUGAUCAUGCAAAUCAACAGACAAAAGUGUAUCAAUCAUUUUAAAAGAACUGUAAAAUCCUUGUAACUCUAAAAUACAAACAAAAGUUUUGAUACAUUCCUGUUUCUUACAGUGUUCUUUUCCUCAGUACAAUUGCUCUUCUGCUUCUAUCUCUUUGGUCAUCUCCAGCUCAACAGUCAUAAUCCUAAAGACAGCAAAGUGGAUUCAUUUGUUUGAUGUCUUUAUCCCAUAUCUUUUACAAAAUUGCAGAUACAGACAGCUCAUCAAGAAGUGGCAUGCCAAGCCAAUCUUUAAAUUUUAUGGUGUUUGGUCUCAACCUUU